AUGAUUUUGGGGUUGUUAAAUGUGGCUGGCAAAGGUGAAUGGAAGAUUGCUUCAGUAUAUGGUAGCACGAAUAUGUUUGAUAAAAGAAAACUCUGGCUAGAUUUGGAGAAGCACUGCACAGGUAUUCUUCCCAUGUUAAUUGGAGGUGACUUUAAUUGUGUGAUGUCCCAAGAGGAGAAAAGAGGAGGGAAGAGGUUUGUUUUAUCCCAAGGUUCUAAGGAUUUCAGUAAUUUCCUGAUCCAGAAUGAUCUUCAUGACGUCAAAACUAUAGGACCCAAGUUCACUUGGUGUAAUAACAAAAUAGGGAAUGCUCGUAUCUUGGAAAAAUUGGAUAGAUGUCUUAUUAAUUCCUGUGCUCUUGACAUCAUUCAUGUGGCUGUUGUUAAACACUUAUCUCGGGUGGCUUCGGACCAUUGUCCGUUAUUACUUAAUGUUUUUAAACCUGUGGAAUUCAAUAGAAUUAUCAGGUACGAAGAGGUGUGGGCUUAUUACUUUGGUGCUACGGCGUUGGUGAGAAAAAUCUGGAGUAAAGAAUGCAGGGGAGAUCCGGCUUCAGCUCUGAAUGUUAAGUUUAAACGAACUUUGAAAGCCUUGUAUUAUUGUAGUAAAGCGAAAUUUAAAAAUUUGAAUUCAUUGAGAGAUAAGUUGAAAGAUGAAAUUUCUGGAAUUCAGCUAGAAGAGUCUGAUGGUGAGCUCUCGGCGGAUAAGCUACAGGUUUUGAGAUUCAAAAUUAAUGAACUGAAUGUCACAUUGGCUAGACUUAAUACUUGGUGGAGACAAAGGGCCAAAGCCAAAUGGAUGGAGGAAGGGGAUUGUAAUUCGUCCUUCUUUCAUGCCUUUGCAAAUUCGAGAAGGAGCUCUAACUGGAUUAAUCAUAUCAAAACAGUAGAUGGGACAUUGUCGGAGGAAGAAGAUGUUAUCCGGAAAACAUUUUCUGAUUAUUUCAGACGUAAAUGGCAACAUAGGAGAUGCUCUUUAGAGGGUUGGCCUUCACCAUUGGAAACCAUUUGUGAGAGGGAACAGAACUUGCUUGAUGCUGAUUUUUCUAGAGAGGAAUUAUAG